AUGGCCGACAGCUUGAAGAUCCAGAACCUUUCUCUCAAUGAAUCCCAGCACGCCGCCCCCAAUGGACCUCCCACGGCCAACGGACGGUCUGCCUAUAUCCCUCCACACCUUCGCCAGCGCAACGUGAACCCAGUGGCUGUGGAUGGUGCUGGUCCUGUUCCUGCUCCUGCUGCUGCUGCUGCUGCAGGGGCUCCUGCCGGUCCUGGCGGUCCUGGCGCUUGGGGAGUUGGACCUAAACAAUCCGGGCCUCCCCGUGGCAACAACUGGAACAAUAAUAACUACCGCGACAAUGCUGCGAAUGGUAAAUCUAGCUGGACCCAAGAAGCUACCCGCCCACAGUUCGAUCCUAAUGCUUACGGAAACCCAGGACAUGGCCCCUCUGCAAGCUACACCGGCGGCAGCGGCAGCGGCUCUGGAGAUGGACAGUGGCGUGAUGGCAAGCAUGUCCCCGGCCCUGCCAAUGCCCGCGUGGAACGUGAACUGUUCGGAGUCCCCAAUGACCCCACGAAACAACAAACCGGAAUCAACUUCGCCAACUACGAUGAUAUUCCCGUUGAAGCGUCCGGCCAGAAUGUCCCGGAUCCCGUCAACACAUUCACUAACCCUCCUCUGGACGACCAUCUGAUUGCCAACAUUGCGUUGGCCCAUUACAACACCCCAACCCCCGUCCAGAAGUACUCGAUCCCAAUUGUCAUGAAUGGCCGUGACUUGAUGGCUUGCGCUCAAACUGGUUCCGGAAAGACAGGUGGUUUCUUGUUCCCUAUCCUCUCUCAAGCAUUCCAGACCGGCCCUUCUGCAGCCCCAGCUCAGCAAUCUGGCGGCAACUUCUACGGCCGCCAGCGUAAGGCUUAUCCCACCUCUUUGAUCUUGGCUCCUACACGUGAAUUGGUGUCGCAGAUUUACGAUGAGGCCCGCAAGUUCGCCUAUCGUUCUUGGGUUCGCCCUUGUGUGGUCUACGGUGGUGCAGACAUUGGCUCGCAGCUUCGCCAGAUCGAACGUGGCUGUGAUCUGCUCGUUGCCACUCCUGGUCGUCUUGUCGAUUUGAUCGAGCGUGGUCGUAUCUCUCUUGUCAACAUUAAGUAUCUCGUUCUUGACGAGGCUGAUCGUAUGUUGGAUAUGGGUUUCGAGCCUCAGAUUCGCCGUAUUGUUGAGGGUGAGGACAUGCCAGCCGUUAACAACCGCCAAACCCUGAUGUUUUCUGCGACCUUCCCUCGUGACAUCCAGAUGUUGGCCCGCGACUUCUUGAAGGACUAUGUUUUCCUUUCCGUUGGUCGUGUUGGUUCCACUUCUGAGAACAUCACUCAGCGCAUUGAAUACGUCGAGGAUCAUGACAAACGCUCCGUGCUUUUGGACAUUCUUCACACUCACGGCACCACCGGUCUUACUCUCAUCUUCGUCGAGACCAAGCGUAUGGCCGACUCCCUGUGUGAUUUCCUCAUCAACCAGAAUUUCCCUGCCACUGCCAUUCACGGAGAUCGUACGCAACGCGAGCGUGAACGGGCUCUCGAGUUCUUCCGCAACGGACGCUGCCCAAUCUUGGUCGCCACCGCUGUUGCGGCCCGUGGCCUCGAUAUUCCCAACGUCACUCAUGUUGUGAACUACGAUUUGCCCACCGACAUUGACGACUACGUUCAUCGUAUUGGUCGUACCGGUCGUGCUGGUAACACCGGUAUCGCUACUGCCUUCUUUAACCGUGGCAACCGUGGUGUCGUUCGCGAUCUCAUUGAUCUUCUUAAGGAAGCUCACCAGGAAGUUCCUUCGUUCCUUGAGAACAUUGCUCGCGAGGGCAGUGGCUUUGGAGGACGCGGCGGCCGUGGCGGCCGUGGUCGUGGUUCUAAUGCUACUCGUGAUGUGCGCCGCGUGGGUGGUGGUAACGCGGGUGGCCCUCAAUCAUCAUACGGCGGUGGCGGUGGCAGCUUUGGCGGUUCCGGUGGCUACGGCGGCUGGGGUGGAAACACUGGCGGUGGCUACAGUGGUGGUAGUGCUGGUGGUGCUGGCGGUGCUUCUUAUGGCGGUAGUGGUGGUGGUGGUGGAUAUGGUGGUAGCUACGGCAACCCUUCCUCCGGCCCAACUGGCCCAUCAUCUUGGUGGUAA